AUGACUAAGAAGAGUCACCUGAGCAGGAAUCAUAAGGAUUGUUAAUGUUUACAACAAAACCAGUUUGUUUAGAUAUGUGUUAUCAUCGCACACUGUACAUGUAUUACCGAUGAUCAAGCAAUUUUAUUUUCCUGCAAAGACGAAGAAUGACCGACCACGUCAAAUAGAACGAAACCUACUUACCAUCUAGCUAGCUAGUAUGCUGCCUGUGAAGCCCCAUGUUGGUGUUCCUCUUUCCUGAACUGGUCUGCACAGCAACUCCUAGAGCCAACGCGCCUUUCCUGGGGUCGACCCGAUUCCUGCCUGUUCUGUAUUAGAAUCCUGUAUUAGAAUUUCCAGAUGGUGUGGGUGUUCAUCAUGAACCGGAUUGGUUCUCAGAGCAGCACGGUGGCCCAGCAGAGACGCAUGGCCCUGGGGGUGGUCAUCCUCGUGCUGGUGGACAUCAUCUGGGUUGCUUCCUCUGAGCUCACCUCAUACAUAUUCAAGCGGCAGGAGUACAAUAAGCCCUUCUUCAGCACGUUCACCAAGACCUCCAUGUUUGUGCUGUACCUGCUGGGGUUCCUGCUGUGGAGGCCAUGGAGGCAGCAGUGCACGGGCAGUCUUCGGGGACGACACGCUGCCUUUUUUGCUGAUGCCGAGGCCUACUUUACCCCCUGUAUCAACGACACCAGUUUGAAUGACCAUACCUUAAGUGAACCCCUGUACGUUCCUGUGAAGUUUCAGGACCUUCCCACAGAACAGACAAACUGUGCCAAUGAAGACUGUGAUUCCACCUCUAAAAAACAGCGGGUGCGCUUCAGCAACAUCAUGGAGGUGCGCCAGCUCCCGUCCACACAGGCCCUGGAAGCCAAGCUGUCCCGCAUGUCCUUCCCCGCCGCCAAGGACCAGGAGGCCGUGCUCCGCACUGUGGGCAAGUUCACCGUCACCGACGUGGCCAAGAUCAGCUUCUUCUUCUGCUUUGUGUGGUUCCUAGCCAACCUCUCCUACCAAGAGGCCCUGUCUGACACUCCGGUUGCCAUAGUGAACGUUCUGUCCUCCACUUCAGGUCUCUUCACCCUCAUCCUGGCGGCCGUAUUUCCCAGUAACAGCAGUGACCGCUUUACUCUGUCCAAGCUUUUAGCUGUGGCUCUGAGCAUGGGAGGAGUGGCUCUGGUCAGUUUUUCCAGCAUGGACAGCCCCGAUGGGAACGGUGCUACAGGCUCCCUGUGGUCGUUGGCUGGGGCUGCGCUGUACGCCGUCUACAUCGUCAUGAUCAAGAGGAAGGUGGACCGGGAGGACAAGCUGGACAUCCCUAUGUUCUUUGGAUUUGUGGGGUUGUUCAACCUGCUCCUCCUAUGGCCAGGCUUCCUAGUGCUUCACUACACAGGCUUUGAGGCCUUUGAGCUGCCCAGCAAGCUAGUGUGGACCUACAUCCUCAUCAACGGCCUCAUCGGCACUGUGCUCUCCGAGUUCCUCUGGCUCUGGGGCUGCUUCCUUACCUCCUCCCUCAUAGGCACUCUGGCCCUCAGCCUCACCAUCCCACUGUCCAUCAUAGCAGACAUAUGCAUGCAGAAGGUGAGUUUCUCCUGGCUGUUUUUCGCUGGAGCGGUUCCCGUCUUCCUCUCCUUCUUCAUCGCCACUCUGUUAUGCCACUACAACAACUGGGACCCCGUCAUGGUGGGGCUACGAAGAGUGUUUGCCUUCAUAUGCCGCUCGAAACAGCGGAUUCAAAGAUUGCCAGAGGACAGUGAACAGUGUGAAAGCCUUAUUCCCUUACACACUGUCUCCCAUGACAACGAAAGCUUCUGCUCGUGAUCCACCAGCCAGUCACAGGAUCGUGAAUACAGCGCGGAGCGGCUUGCUGAAGUGACAAUCUUGAAGCAACCAAACAGAGACCUUGAACUAACCCCAGUGCCUCUUAUUCAACCUAUUUAUUCUCUGCCGUGUGGAAUUGACGCUCCAUCUCUACAAGAUGAACUCUUUUUACUUUGUACAGCGUUGAUGCGACUCGUCGUUGACUGAGAUUGCUGUGUUGAAUGUGUAAAAAGAAAAACUUGACGGUACUGAAGGUGCCGGUCAUGGAGUCGGUCAUGGAUUUGAUCAUCAGGCUAUUAGGUGAUUUACACAUCUGAUGUAGAGAUCUGGGCGUAUUCACAAAUAAUCUCAGAGUUUAAAAUAUUGUUAAAGGAUCCGUUUUGCCUUUUAGAUCAUAAUGAAUAAGAUUAUAUAGACAGGGAGGACCUGUCCCUUGAUCAGCACGGCUACUCUGAGACACAGAGUAGCAGUUCCUGUGAACAAGCAGUCUCAGAAGUUUGAGAUUAGGAGACGGCACUACAGCCUAUGAACUACCGCAUUUGAUUUCUUCCCCAUAUUCUACAUCUCUCCAUCUCUGGCCCCUGGCAGCCAGGUAAUGUUGGAUCAUGAAGGCAAACUGUGUUGAAGCCUUUUGUAUGUGUUAGAAUGGGAACGAACAUUAACCCCUCGACUAAGCUAAGCUGCUAUACAGAAGUUAUAAUGCUGUUGCCUUUCCAACCGAAAACAGUAACCAUCUCAAAACAGGUGUAAAUACUGUACUACGCCAUGAAAUUCGAAUGAUGUUUUCUUACUUUAGUUUGUGUUUUGAAAAAUGACUACUACAAAGACCCUCUGAGUAUCUAGCCUUCGUGUUCUCCGAAAAAUGGUUUACUCCAAUGUUUUUUGUUCUUUUAAAGUCUUGACUGUUAUGACACUAAAAAGGAUUUAAGACAGACCAAGUACAUGGAUUUUCCAGUAUGUUACAGAAGCGCUAUUUUUCAUCCAAUUAGAUUCCCAUAGUCGUAAAUAGAAAAUGUUAUUGCAUCUGAGAUGAUUCAUACCACUURGCUGGGUAUUGCAGAGCCACGAACGGGGACCUGAUCUGAUUGAAUAUCUUUCACCUGUUGAAAARGGACAAUUUUAUGCUAUAAUAGAGUUUCUAUGUCCAACAAUUGUAUUUUAGACACGUUUUGUUUGAUCGGCACAUGAAAUGCAAAUCAAUCACCCACUCACCCUUAUUCUAUUGCUGAUUUUAUUUGACUUAAACACAUGUUUGAUCGGUUAAAGUGAACUGUCUCUUCUGUAACCCUUGAUGUACACCAUGACAACGGGCAUGUUAUCAAUGUUAUUCCACCAGCUGUCAACCUGUGUACASAACUUUAUGGAGUGUUUGCCCAGCACCCAUUGUGGAUGGAAGACAUUUUAUGACUUGAGCUAACUYCAGGAAGUAAUAACUUGCCCUGUAAAGUGAAAAAAGUUCAGCCCAUCAAGUGCAUGUUUUACCUUUGUCCAACUCGGUUGUUACUUUCACAUUGUAAAAAAAUAAAAUAAUCAUCUACCCUAGCCAGUAGCUCUUAUUACCAUCAGCUAUGAUUCAUGCACAAAGGAAACCAGCCGUGAGAUGUAUUUGGAUGUUUAAAACAUGUGGUUCCUGUAGCCUAUUUUUACUUGCGAAAAACCCAGGCACUCUGGAAGUAUACAUCCUACGAAAGUUGAUCAUUUGUUUCCUAUCUAAACAUUUAUCAGAUUUCCCCCCAUAUCAUCCAUGUUGAAGUCUCUWAUUGACGGGCGAGGUGCCAGAUACAUAAGUGCAUUGUAUAUAUUUUCUCAAAGCUCAUGUUUUUAAAAGGUUUUUUCAAAAAUGUAUUUUUUUCAACGGUUCUUACGAAAUGUGCGUAUAUCUUAUGAAGGUUGUUUUUUUCUUUCUCAGGUACUUUGGUGGAAGGAUGACUUUCUCCUCUGUCCAAUCAGAUUUUGUUUUUUCAUCAUUUCCUGUCCUUUAUUAAUGGAUCUCUUUUAAAAAGAUGUAUACAGAUUUAUCUAAGUGUGAUCAUCGUAGUUUAGCCUAUCAUCACAGGCUCUUUUAAGAGUCUUUGGUGAAAUUGCGUAAAGUCCUUUUUCUAAUGUUAUGCUGCACUAUUAAAACUGAAGAUUUUCA